ACGCUUCAAAGGUCAAACUCCAACUUUUCCUACAAUAAUGUCGUCCUUCAAAACCCAAAUAUACAGAAUCUUGACAAAAAAGCAUGGCCUCACACUUAAAACGGAGGCACUCAAGUAUCUGGAGGAUGUUGUUGCAGAACUCCCAAACGAACAAUUGGCCGAAACCUUGGACUACAUUGCUUUAUCAUAUACACAACAACAAGAAACAAGAAAGCUCCUAGUAGAUCGCGCCAGUCUCGAGGAAGUAGUGCAAAACAUCUUUCGGAAAUCCGCGAUAAACCAAGCCUUGGAAAACGCAGUCAGUGCCUCGUCAAAUGGAGACUCGGAAGCUGUUGGAGGAAUGGUUGGGGAAAUCAGCAUUGAAGAUAUUGCCGGGUAUCUGCAUGUUAUAGAUGCAUUCUCGACUCCGCGGUGGAAGUGGCGACCCGACUCUAAACAAUUUACAAGAUCUCAUGAAAAGCCACGACUGCUGGCGCCACCCGCUGCAAAAGCCGUGGCAUUUCGCGAUCGCUACGAUAUACUCAAGCAGCGCGUGCUUCGUAACGAUGCCUUCCGCCCGUCUACCUUUACGAGAACGGGUGACCAUUUUGAGAUCACGUCCAUAAAGAAUUUGCAGGGACAUAAGCCGGGCAGCUACCUUCUUCUUGGGAUGUUGACAACGAUCGAAGAAGGAAAGUACCAUCUUGAGGAUCCGGAUGGAUUGAUUGAGAUCCACCUAAACGGCAAGAUUGACAAAGGAGUGGGUCUUUUCUGCUUGAAUUGCUUUGUUCUUGCCGAAGGGCUUUAUACAGAAGAUAGAAUCUUCAAAGUAAGGACGCUAGGCAUGCCACUGCCCGAAACGAGACAAAAAUCGCUGUCCGCGUUUGGACAUAACGUAAACUUUUUUGGAGGGCCAUCGGCUGGUGACGAUCAGAUGGUACUGGAAAACAUUGAAGUAAAUAUGACAGAUGUGAUAUUCGUUAUAAUAUCUGAUGUCUGGCUUGAUCAACCACGGGUAGUCAUGAAGCUACGACGGCUCUUUGAAGGAUUUUCGAGCACUAGUUCUGCACCACCACUGGCCUUUAUAUUGAUUGGAAAUUUCAUGUCGAUACCGUAUCUCUAUGAGGGCCAACAUCACGAGCCAUAUAAACAGUGCUUCAACACCCUAGCGGAUCUCCUAUCAGAUUUCCGCGAUCUGGCUCAAACUUCACGUUUCAUCUUUGUACCUGGCCCGCAGGACCCAUGGGGCGCAAAAACACUACCGAGACCCAGUAUACCAAAAUACUACACAGAGCGGAUCAGAAGCAAGCUACCGAAAGCCAUGUUCAUGAGUAAUCCGUGCAGAAUCAAAUAUUGUACCCAAGAAAUCGUAAUCUUCCGUGACGACAUUGUUAAACGUAUGCGAAGAGGAUCGAUUGUUCCACCGCGAGAAGACGUGGAUGUGUCACUGGAGCGACACCUCGUAGCAACAUUAAUAGAUCAAGCGCAUUUGUGUCCCCUUCCUCCCGCUGCUCGGCCAACAUAUUGGGGAUAUGAUCAUGCAUUGCGACUGUAUCCACAACCACAUCUGCUUGUCCUUGCCGACAAACACGAGUCAUAUUCUGUAGAUUAUGAAGGAUGCAAAUGCAUCAAUCCUGGAUCGUUUGGAGGAGCAGAGUUUGAGUUCAUGGUGUAUCAUCCUGCAACAAAGUCGUGUCAAGCGAGCAAAAUUACCUAGACUCUGUUUCUUUUUAUUUUUAUGUAUAUAUUUAAAUUGAGCCAGCUUUCUCUCUUCUCUUCCUCGAUUUUGGGCCAUCGGGCACAUUUUAGCAAACUACGCAAUGUAGUCUCUAGAGCAAAUGAACGAUAGACACUUUUUGAAAAAAAAAAGUUACAAAUAUAUUAAAUGACAAG